CGACAGGGUGCGUGCACCAGAUCGGGCUCAAGUCACUCUCCGUGUAGGUCUAAUGAGUCAUGACACCAACAGAGCCCGAAGCCGUCCUCCCACGCUGCCCCAGCCCACUCCUCUCUCCCUAUUUGAGGCGCUCCCCUGCCUCGGAGAACCUCAGAGCAGCAGGCGCCCAGUCAGCGCAGCUCUCUCCUGCCGCUAACGGAGGGACGGGAGUCGGGCUUUUUUUUUGUCCUCCUCCUCCAGCUUUCUCACACUUUCCUGGAUUUACAUUCAAAUCGCCAAGAUGAGACUUAUUUUAUUCUUGGCCGUGGCUCUGCUGACAGAAAAUCUAGCGCUUCCAGUGGUCAAGGAGGGACAGCCAGAAGAUGUGGUGACACGAUGUUUGGUGGAAGUCCUGUCCAAAGCCCUCUCCAAACCGGACUCUGAGCUGGACCAAGAAUGCAAAGACAUUCUCCGAGCAGGGGUUAAACAUGCCCCAUUGGACAAGAAGAGUGGCGAAGAGAUAGUAACACAUGAAGAGGCAGCCAAAAGUCACGCAGGAGAGCCCGAGGCAAAGGCUGCAGAUGUGAAAGACAUCGAGGCACUCCUGAAAUCAGUGGAGGAAAAAAGGGAAAACCCGGAAGAUGAGCGCAGCCAAGAAUCCUGGAGCCUGGGCGACGAGAAGGAGAAGAGGCACGAGAACGAGGUGGAAGAGGAGCGGGAGAAGAGGAGCGGCUGGAAGCCUGGAAGAUACCACCAGAGGAAGCACAAGCGAGGAGAGGAGGAAGACGAUGAGCGCAGCCAGGAGAGUUGGGGAUUAGAAGAGAAGAGAUCAGAGGAGGAAGAAGAUGAUGAGAGAGAGAAGAGGAGCUGGAGGCCUGGAAGGUACCAUCAGAGAAAACACAAGCGGGACGAGGAACCUUUAGGAGAAGAGAGGGAAGAGCCGGAGGAAGACCGGAGCCAAGAGUACUGGGACGUGGACAAGAGGCACGGAACAGAAGACGAGGAGGAGAGAGACAAGCGCAUAUGGAAACCCACACAUCGCUAUCACCACAAGAAAAAGCUCCACAAGCGUGGGGGCGAGCCAUCGGAGGGCGAGGAAGACGAAGAGCGCAGCCAGGAGUCUUGGGGUCUGGACGACGAGAGAGACAAGAGGGACUGGAGAGCUGGAAGGUACCACCAGAGGAGGCACAAACGGGAUGAGGAGCUGUCAGAGGAAGCCAGAGAUGAGCCGGACGAGGAGCGCAGUCAGGAAUACUGGGAUUUUGAUGCCGGAAGAGACAAGAGAGACCGGAGGGCUGGAAGAUACCACCAGAGGAGGCACAAGCGGGAUGAGGAGCUUUCCGAAGAAGCCAGGGAAGAUCCCGACGAAGAGCGCAGUCAGGAAUACUGGGAUUUUGACACGGGAAGGGACAAGAGGGACUGGAGGGCUGGAAGGUACCACCAGAGGAGACACAAACGGGAUGAGGAGCUGUCAGAGGAAGCCAGAGAAGAGCCGGAUGAGGAACGCAGUCAGGAAUACUGGGAUUUUGACACGGGAAGGGACAAGAGGGACUGGAGGGCUGGAAGAUACCACCAGAGGAGACAUAAACGUGACGAAGAGCUUGCAGAGGAGGAGAGAGAUGAGCCAGAGGGGGAACGCAGCCAGGAGUCCUGGGACUUUGACAAAAGACACGGGAAAGAAGAGGGGGAGAUGGAAAAGCGCAUCUGGAAACCGACCCACCGCUACCACCACAAGAAGAAACUUCACAAGCGCGGCGGAGAAUCAUCAGAGGAAGGGCCGAGGAGCGAUUCAGAGGAAUAUCCAGAGGAGGCAAAGGAUAAAGACGAUGCUAUGAGGUAUCUGCCCGAGAAGCGCAACCCCUGGAUUUACAGAGGCUUCUACCACCCUGCCUGGUAUAAAAGGGAUUCAGACGAACACGCUGCAACCUCAAACAAGAUGGACCAACUAACCAAGCUGCUGAGCUAUAAGAUACACCAGCUGGCCAACCACUCUACUCAAGACGAGGCAAAGAGGAGCACACACCAGAGGACACUUACCCCACAAGAGGAGAAAGAGCUGGAAAACCUGGCAGAGAUGGACGUGGAGUUGCAGAAAAUUGCAGCCAAGUUGCAUGAGAACGCAGCAUAAUCCGGGAGCAUUUAAAGACUCCAUCAGCUACCAGUGAACACAACGUUACCGUCUUACUCCGUCUGAGAAUUUAAUGUGCUUACAGUGACAAAAUGCCAAAAAAUAUGUCAUGAUUUAAAAAAAUAGAAAAAACAACAACCUUGGAGCCUUGCCAAAGCAUUUUCUGAACUUAUUUAUUAUGGCUUUUUUUGUGAUAUUUUUGAUGUUAUGAAAUUAAUCAGCAUGGGAAUGGCUUGGAUGUUUGUGAAAAUAAUACAUAUGUACUAAAUAGUUCAAACGUGUUCUUAAAGAGUUUGUUCUGUUUGCACUCAAUAAAAGGAGUUGUUCUGGGACCAA